AGAGGGGAGGGAGCUCUGAGUCGUGCCCAGCUCAGAGUGUCACUGUCGCAACAGCCGAGGGAGGGAAAAAGUAGAAGCGGGAACAAGAAUGGCAGAAAAUGUCCUUUAUGCUGACCUGAACUUGUCUGAAUCAACCAGACCCAGAAUCCUGACAGUCCCUGAUGACCCAGGCUCAGGCUGUACCUAUGCAGAAGUGAAAGUGAAAGCCCAAGACACAAAUGCUGCAACAAACUGCAAAUCAUCAGGUAAAAGCCGUUGUUCUAGGAAACGUGUUGCCAUAUUGGUGGUGAUAAUCCUCAUACUGGUCCUGGCAGCGUAUUUAAUAAUCACAUAUGGUCCUACUGCAGGCUCAACAAUAUUGUCCUCCACCAACCAAGACGACCCAACAACACCGUCCCACAUCCCUGAAAGGGCACCAGGCUGCCCCACAGCAUGGAAGAAACAUGGCAGAAAAUGCUACUACUUUUCUCCAGAGAGGGAACCAAAGGACUGGGAUGCCUUCCGUGCAGAAUGCACUGCCAUGGGCUCAGACCUGGUGGUCAUUGACAGCAGGCAAGAGCUGAAAUUCCUGCACAACAAAUCAAAAGAUAAAUACUACUUACUUGGUCUCAGACGGUCUCCAGAGCAGCAGAAGUGGAAGUGGAUCAACAACGUGGAACAUGACCCAGCCAUGUUCCGUAUAAUUGGACCUGACCAUGACUAUCUCUGCACAGUCAUUGGAUAUGGUGAAGUACAAACUGCAUCAUGUGGUGGAAGCCGAACAACAAAAAAUAUGUGUGAAAAAAAUGCAACAAUUUCCAACAGGCAUCUGUAGGAGACCUAAAACCAAGAGGUGCAGGCUGAUCUGUUCUGCCCAGCUUCCUGUAGGAACCAUGCAUGGGAUGUGUCCCAUUUCCCUUGAGCUGCCCAGUCUCUGCUCCCAGGCUCUCCUGCAGCCUCUCUCCAGCCUCGGGGCUGAGCUCAGCCCAGCCUGUCCCUGCUGCUGCCUGAGCCUGGAUGGAUCCCCUCUGGAAGAGCUGGACCUGGCACACAGGAGCACUCUGGCACUGUCUCAUGCCAGGGGUUGCACUGGCAGGCAGGCACUGCUGGGGGAGAGGAGUCCAGCCUGGGCACAGGGGUGAUCCCAAACACAUCCUGACUCAUCUGCAAGUCCCCUCCAGCCCCAGCCCUGUGUUCCCAGCCCUGCCUGGGCACAAGGAGAGCCUUCCCCACCUGGCCACAGCCUGGCCUUGCCUGCAGCCACAAGGGAAGGGCAGCACAGAUUUCUGGCUGGGAUCCUGCAGGGAAGGCCAACCCCACUCCUUGCCAGGAUGGACAGGAUAAAGUCAGGUGGGGUGUGGAUAAUCCUUCCCCUGUUCCUGACUGCUGCAAGAGCACACAGGAUCCCAGAGCCUGGGAGGGGAAUGGGAAUCAGCCCAAGGGAAAGGAUCCUACAGCAGCACAGCUGUGGGCAUAAAAUCAGCCCCAGUCCUGUGUGGGGAAGGGAAGGAAUGUCAGAUCUCAGAUCUGCUGGGGAAGGGUACAGGAUGGAGACCAGCAGAGAGCAGCAAGGCCUGAAGAACAGAGCACUAACAGAAGCUGAGCUGGUCAGGAAACAGAAAAAUGAAAUCCACAGCGACCUGUGAAGGAUCUGGUGAGAAGCAUGGGAGUGACCCACAGGGAAUGGCAACACAGUGCUCUGCCCUCUUUUCCUUGGAGAUGGGUCACAGGACAGGGCAGCUCUAUGGAUGUGCUCUGGGUCCCCCCAGAGAGCUCUCCUCAGGUGUCUGGGCUGACUGCUGGGCCCCUGUACAGUUCCUCUCCUUUCCAUUCAAUGGAAUAAAUCUUGUCUUUUCAAAACA